UAUAUAUAUGUAUGUAUAGCUCUCUUACUGAUUAUUACUUUAAUUAAUUAAAAUAGUUUAAGAAAAAAAAAAGAGAAAAAAAUGGGAAGAGGGAAAGUUGAGCUGAAGCGAAUUGAAAACCCGACAAGUCGGCAAGUGACAUUCUCGAAGCGUCGGAAUGGACUUUUGAAGAAAGCUUAUGAACUCUCUGUUCUUUGUGAUGCCCAAGUUGCCCUUCUCAUCUUUUCCCCUUCCGGCAAAGCCUACCAAUUUUCUAGCCAUGACAUGGAUGGAACCCUAGCCAGGUAUAGGACUGACGUCGGGCUACCACAAUCCAACCAUCCACAUUCACGAGCUCUGUUUUGGAAGACUGAGAUGGACGAUAUGAAAAGAUCAAUAAGCAGCAUGGAGGCAAGAUUAAGACACUUUGUUGGAGAGGAUCUCGAACCGUUGAACGUGAAGGAGUUAAAACAGUUAGAAAGGCAAAUGAGCGUUGGAAUUGAACGUAUUCGCUCUAAAAAGAGACGUAUCAUAGCAGAGCAUAUAAACCUGUUGAAAAGGAAGUAUAAGGGUUUGCAAGAGGAGCACAGCCGUCUUCAGAAAAGAUUGAAUCAGCUUAAGGAUGUGGUUGUCACAAAUUCUUCAAGAAACUCAGAUGCUAAUCCUGCCUCUGCACUUGAAAUUGAAUUUCAGGUGGAUGGCUUACUAAUUUAACCAAUGUGUGGGGUUGAUGAUGAUGAAACUUUUUGUGUUUGGAAAAAGUACUUGUGUAAUUCUACUUUGAUUUUAAUUCUGAGAUUCCCAACAGUACUACUUGACAGCAUAAAGAAAACAAUCUUACUUCUUGCUGAUGAAAACUGUUUAAUUACAUCUAUGGAAAUACAAUUAUCAUCUAUUACACAAGUUCUUAAUUUCCAUAAGAA